CUUGCUAUGGGGGGUGUGCCUGGAAAUGAGAGUGGGUUCCCAGGCUCCUAUGGGGUGUGUGAGCCUGACAAUGAGUUGGGUGGUGUCAGAGCUCCCUAUGGGGGGUGCACACCUGGAGAUGGCAAUAUGGGGUUGAAGCCUGGGCGGGGGGAACGGUAGGGACUGCACGCCUGGAGACAGGUGGUGGGGUCUGAGCCCGAUAUGAGGGUGCCUGGAGAUGGGGGAGCCUUGAAGGCGAGGUGUCUGAGACCCCUGCUGGGGGAUGUUGAGUCCCUAUAGUGAGGGGCCUAAAGAAAGGGGGAACUCUCCCGCUGUGAUGAGGGUGAGUUCCCUUAUAACCUGGACUCUGGGUAAUUGAGCCUCUGUGUGUGGGGAGAAGUGAAGGGGUCAAUGCCCCCAUGUAAUGAGGGGGAUCUGACCCUGUACAGCAAAGGGUCCAGGUAGGAGGUGGGUGUGAGCCCUGAAAUAGUGAGGGCUGGGUAUGUGGGCCUUCUUUCUGAUCCCCUUUUGGGGAACUGGUCCUCAGUCCAGCAAAAGGCAGAUGACUUGCAGAAAAGAUCUCCCAGCUCGGGCUGUUGUCCUGUACUCAGUAUACCUUCCUUACCUGCAGGCCUCCCCGCCGUCCCCCUCCCCCCCACCUUCCGAAGGGCCCUUCAGUUAAUCAUGCCCCUGGUAUCUCAGGUCUAUUUUGUCCCCUGUGAUUUGUUAAUUUCUUGCCCUAGCAAUUAUCCUUAUUCCCUUUUCUCCCGAUCGCAACAAAUUCCUAUUCCUCUUCCUCCUCCUGACAGAGCUGUGUCUGGACAGAAAAGGAGUCGGCAUGGCUGUAGCACCACCUCCAUUCCUUCCGGCUCAGGAAAUGGGUUUCCAGGUGUCAGCUCUUUGGGUUGCUGGAAAUUUCAGCCGUGUUGUUCCCUCUGAUAUUUCUCUUCCCCAGAUAACUGGAAAGGAUGUCGGAGGGGAGUUCAGGCAACGACGCUGGAAACCCAGGCAGUCUCCGGCCUGGACUCGCUGGGGCACGAGGGCUGAUAGGGAGGAGACCUGCCACCCCCAUUACCCCCGGGCGCCUCCCCUCCAUCCGUUCCCGAGACCUUACCCUCGGAGGAGUAAAAAAGAAAACUUUCACCCCCAACAUAAUUAGCAGGAAGAUCAAAGAAGAGCCAAAAGAGGAUAUCUCCAUCAAGAAAGAGAAGAAAGAGAGAGAUCGGGAUCGGCAGAGAGAUGGCCAUGGACGAGGCAGGGGGAGGCCGGAGGUCAUUCAGUCCCACUCCAUCUUUGAGCAAGGCCCAGCAGAAAUGAUGAAGAAGAAGGGCACUUGGGAUAAGACCGUGGACAUGUCAGACUUUGGACCUUCCCACAUCAUCAACAUAAAGAAAGAGAAGAGGGAGACGGACGAGGAGACCAAGCAGAUCCUGCGUAUGCUGGAAAAGGAUGAUUUCCUUGAUGACCCACGCUUGAGGAAUGACAUCCGGAACAAGCCAGUUCAGCUGCCCCUGGCCCACUCAGGCUGGCUGUUCAAGGAGGAGGGCGAUGAUCAGGAAGAUAUGAAGCCUUUGGUCACCAGCACCAAGGAGGAGAUGAUGGAAGUGGAUUUGCCUUCAGUGAAAGUGAAAGAGGAGCCCCGCGAUGAGGAGGACUCCGAGGAGCCACUGGCGAUUGCCAAGCCAUCUCAGGCAAAGGCACCUCCCAGCUACCCGCAAGACAUCUCCGUGGCAGAGCUGCUGCAGAGUCUGAGCCUGACCAAGGAGGAGGAGCUGGUCUUCCUGCAGCUGCCGGACACCCUCCCUGGACAGCCGCCCACACAGGACACCAAGCCCAUCAAAACAGAGGUGCAGAAUGAGGAGGGGCAGAUGGUGAUGGUGAAGCAGGAGAAGAACCAGGAGGCCAAGCAGGCUGAGAACAUCUGCACCCUGGGGGACCUGCCAGAAGGGCAGGUGGGGAAGCUGCUGAUUCGCAAAUCAGGAAAGGUGCAGCUGGUUCUGGGCAAAGUGACUCUGGACGUGACCAUGGGGACCCCGUGCUCCUUUUUGCAGGAACUGGUAUCUGUGGGCACUGGAGAUGGCAGGACUGGAGAGAUGAUCAUCUUGGGACACGUGAAGCACAAGCUGGUGUGUUCCCCAGACUUUGAGUCCCUGCUGGAGCACAGGCAUCGAUAAGAGAAAGGAAAGAAGGAGCGGAGUUCUCCGUGGGAUUCUCCUCUCCUUUGUGGAGGUUCAGCCCAGAGGUGGGCUGCUCCUCUCGUCGGCCUGGGACUUCCAUCCCAGUUCAGGUCCCGAUCUGGCUACGGGAAGCAGGUGCAUGUCAGAGCAGGGUUUCCCACUGGGGCCGUGCAAUGCCCUCUGUGCCACUACUCUGCCUACGGGCAUCUUGCUCUUAGAAGCCUCCCAUCUGUUUUCUUUACUGGCUGUGCUCAGAGCGAGGGGAGUUGGGAGGGCUCCUCCCCUCCAGGUGUAGCUAUAAACAAGAAUUACGGGGGACAAAUGCACUCCUGUCCCCACUGGCACAAGUAUACAUAUGUUCCCACCCUGUGUCUAUAGAAAAGCUACAGUGACUCCAGCCUCUGCCUGUGGACCUAGCUCUGGACUUGAGACAACUGGGUUUCGGGUUUCAAGCACAGAUGAGGUGUGCCAUAGCCUUUUGGUACCAGUGAGGGAGAUUUCCUUCCCCACUCCUGACUGUGUACAAGCCUGCAGCAUCCUACCAUGUCCAUCUGCCUUGCAUUGCCAGAGUCCCUUCAUCCAGCCACCACCAUUGGGCUGAAGGAGGACUGGUCCAGCAGGCACGACAAAGCAACUCAAGCUGCUUCCCUCUGCUCCCUGUGGUUGAGUGAGCUGCCUGUGCCACCCUCCCAAGCCCUGCUGGGAAGAGCCCGGAAGCCAAGCCAGGGCCCCCAUCCUGGAGACUGUUAACCUUUCACCAGUGGUUUCCCUUUGGCCAGAGAUACAAAGUGAGCUGUUCCUGUGGGCUCUGAUCUGCCUGUCAACACCCAGAGUGAAUUUCUGCCUCCUUUGCUGUACAGCCUCUAUGUGUCUAUAGGAUGUUCGCACUGCAGUUAGACACCCACGGCUGGCCCAUGCUGGCUGACUCAGACUCUGUCUAAAGGGCUGUUUAAUUGCAAUGUAGACUUGCGGGCUUGGGCUGGAACCUGGGCUCUGGGACCCUCCUAUUCUCAGGGUCCCAGAGCCCAGGCUCCAGCUCGAGCCCGCAAGUCUACACUGCAAUUAAACAGCCCUACAACCUGAGUCAGCGGGCACAGGCCUGGCACAGGUUUUUAUUUGCAGUGUAGACAUACCCUGAGUCACUACUGCUCUUCAGGAGGGGUGUAUAGUCAUUCAGGGGCUUGCUUUCACAUCACCAAGUGAUUGCCCAGAGAGAGACACUGCCUCUCAUCUUUGCGUAAGUAUUCCUUUAAAAGGCUAGGCCCUGUGCCCAGUAAAUGUGUGAUAUGGCUUUGUGGGUGAAUCUCCCGCAUCUGUGAAGGUGAGAGUCCUGUUUGCCAAUGUCCGGAUAGCACUUUGAACUCCUAAAGUGCUGUCCACGUACGAAGCGUGUGUUGUUUAGAUUUUCCAGCCUGCACCGCUUGGAAGCCAUGGAAGAAUGUGCCAAUAACUUUACCAGCUGCUAGUCUUGUGUUUGGGAGUUCAAUAUUAAAAUGUGGCCUUGGUCCAAAAUGCAUUCAGCACCCUUCAAGCUCCCCCACCUGGCUGCUGACGAAACAAAAAGUUUCCAGUGCAUUCAUUUUAUUAUUGAGGCUGUAGAGAAACAGGAUGGCCAACACCACCUGGGUUUAAUGACCACUUAGGUUCUGGAGUACUCCACAGAAACCACCUAAUUCCACCUCUUCUGCUGAGUCUUCAGACACCCCUAACUCCUCCUCCGGUUUAUGUGAGCGGCUAAAGAUAGCUGUCUACCUCCCGCAGCCACUUGUGCCAGUGAAGUGGUUUGCCACUGGGGCAGUUGCUCUCGGAAGACCCAGCAGCUUGUCUGUGUGGGCUCUGUCUGGUGGAGCCAAUGGAAAGAGCAGCACUUGCUGCAGUGUGGUGUCAAGACUGCUGGAUUCUACGGGGAGCAUUGCCUGGGUUGCAUGUGGAAAUCAAAGUGGAAUAAAACUGCAUCCGUGUGCACAUGUGGUA